GUUGUCUUUGCAUGUCUGCUGUCUCUUGAGGGCGGGGUCAGCAUUUGGCAGGUUCGUCCCUUGAGGGUGUGUGAAUGUGUGUGUGUGUGAAUGUGUGUGUGUGUGCUUAUGUGAGUGAGAGAGACUCGCUGAGCAACGACCUGCAAACGGGCAUCCGAGCCAGUCCGAGUAAAAAAACAGGAACCACAUUAUUUGCGAGUGUCUUCUUGCAAUGUUCCCGACAACACUUCUCCUCCGUGUGAUUUGAUCUCAUCGAAGUCGCCGUCUCUCCGCGCCUCGCCUCCUGAAUCCAGAGCAGAAAUUGAUGCAUCUUUGCUCCGCGUUCCUGUUUGUUUUGACCUGUGUAGCUAGAAAGGAAUCCUGCAAGAAGGAUUAGCGGUCUGUCAAUGAGGAACUACCGGCUCAUCUUCUGCCACAACCUGAAGCAACCAUAGAUGAUUCAGUGGUUCACUGGCCAGGGGAGGAGAGGAUAGGACACACUUUCACUGCUACACGACGUGAGGUCUUGGCGGGGCUGUGGUGAGGAGGAGGAGGCCAUGAGGAAGAGCGUGUCUCCGUUGCCAGGCAAUGAGGGCGGGAGCUCAGCCGGCACCACGCGGGUUUUUGGCGUUCCUUUGGAGGAGGUGACGCGCACUCACACUAUCAGUGGCCACGAGGUUCCAGCACUGGUGAAGCACAUCGUUGAAUACAUCGAGGAGCAUGGUCAUCUAGAUCUGGAGGGACUCUUCCUGGUGAAUGGCAACGCAGAGCGCGUGGAUUGGCUGCGCCAGCGUUACGACAGCGGAGAGGAGGUGGAGCUAGAGAAGGAGGCGGACCUUGCGUCAGCUGUCAGUCUGCUCCGACUCUUCCUGCAGGAGCUCCCUGAGCCCGUUAUCCCAACAUCGAUUCAGGGACACAUACUACAGCUGCACCAAGAUUACAGCAACGAAGAGGAGCUGUGCAGAAACCUGAAGUACCUCCUGCAGCAGCUUCCCCAGCUCAACUACGGCUUGCUGCGCUUCCUGUGCCGCUUCCUGGCCAGUGUGGCGUCACUUCAACAGGAGAGCUGGAACAUCGGGACGCUGGCCGCUGUCUUCGGGCCGGACAUCUUCCAUCUGUCAACAGAAGCAGAGGACCUUCGAGACCAGGAGUCUGUCAGCAGAGUCCUGGCUGAACUGUUGGACAACCAGGACGGCCUGUUUGACUCUGAGGACGACGAUGUCUCCACCACCAACGACUACAGCUCCAUCAAUGAACAGAUCACAGAGCUGCUAGAUGACGAGAGGUGCGAGGCUGAAUGUGAAGAGCUGCCUCAGGAUGGAGAGGAAGGCCCCGGCUCCUCUGACUCACCACAACACACACACUCUGAUGAAGGCCCCGCAGCCAGCUCCCACCUCUCCCCUAUAUCCAUCCUGCCUGCUGACUCUGCUGAGAUAAUUCAGCGCACCAUCAGAGCUGCAGUGGAGCAUCACUUCUUUGAGCUGAAAACCUCCAUCGACCAAGACCUGGGCAGCUAUGACAGCCAGGGGGUGAGCCCCAGUGAUCCUGCAGACCAGGGCUGCCAUGGAGACGAAGAGCAACAAACAGACCCCGAGGACAGUCCCUGUGACACAGAGGGAGAAACCCCUCUUACACCAACAAAGUCGCAAAUGCUGCAUGGCCAGAAUGACACACAGGAUUCUUUGGACACUGAUGCCACCCUGGAGGAGAACCUGGUAAUGGACCUGGAUUCAGAGGCUGUGAGAGAUGCUGAGAACAACAUCAACACUGCCAGGCAGGACAAUCAACUCUGUGACAUAAUGGAGCAAACCCAGGCUGACGCCAUGUGCUGUGACUCUGGAUCAUGCCUCUGUGAUCAGAACGCCAACAACAGUGAGACCAACAGAAACCAUCUGUCACCUUGCCAAUCCAAAUCUGGCCAAAACCCCCACCUCCAGCUUUUCCCCGACCACCAAUGGGAAGCGUCACCCCCCUCCCACCUCCACCUCCCUCCCAUAGACUUCUCAUGUAUGCAUCUUCAGAAAGAAGGCCAAGACCCCGUCCCAGCUUACAAAUCCUGGCAUGACGACACUGACAGCGGCGAGGCUCAGCUCUCCCCACUGGCUGGUCGCAUGGUUCCACUCCCCCCUCUGCCCCUGGAGGAGGAAGGCGAGGAGGACGAGGGGGAGGCAGAUCAAGUUGCCUCCCCCUCCUCUUCCCGCUCCCACCCUCACCUCCUGGCGCGGAGGUUUCUCGACUUCGGGGCGCACGGAGCCCAGCGCUUCCUCCAGCAGGACCCUGACGCCACCUCACCCACCAAAGCACAGAGGCCGCGGCGCGCAUCAUUUGGAUCCAAAGAGGCGAUGAGAGGAGGAGAUUCGGUGACCCACCAACUCACGAAGAAGCUUCAACAUCUGAAGAAGAAGAUCAAACAGUUUGAAGAGCAGUUUGAAAAGGAGAGGAACUACAAGCCCUCUCAUGGUGACAAGGCAGCUAACCCCAAAGUCCUCAAAUGGAUGACUGACCUCACCAAGAUCCGCAGGCAGAUUAAAGGACGUCAGCACCACCUUUUACCCAGAAGCACGCUGAGGCACCAGGCUUUGCUCCAUUCAUACAGACGCCACCAUGCUCCCUUCUCCCCUUCCUCCUCCUCCUGCUCCUCCUCCUCCUCCUCUUCCUCCUCUAUCUGUUCACCUCCCCAUCACACACUCAUCCCCCCACCCCACCCCUACUCAGGCCUGAGCUCUAGACCGUUUCACCUCAAUGCCAAACACCGCGCAGAGAGCGAGCUCGGCCCCAACACUCGUCCUCGGAGCAACACCUUACCCAAGAGCUUCGGUUCUACGCUGGACCAGAGUGCGUGCGAUGCAACAGGGGAGGUCAAGGGUCAGAGUCCCACCAGGGAGGAAACACUGGAGCUGAUCCAGCGCAGAGUCAAAGGGAAGAGGCAGGAGGAUGGCUGGCCUGAUGACAUCAAGAAGAUGACCAAGGAGCAGUUGUCCUGUGAGAAGACAGUCCUACAGAAGAACCUGCUGCACUAUGAAGGCCUGCAUGGUCGACCUGUGACGAGAGAGGAGCGUCUGGUGGUGAAGCCUCUUUACGAUCGCUACAGAUUGGUCAAACAGAUGCUCACCAGAGUUAGCAUCACGCCUAUUAUAGUGUCCCCCUCCAGUAAGAGGCGAACUCAGACCCUCCAGCCAAUCAUCGAGGGCGAGACGGCUCAUUUCUGGGAGGAGAUCAAAGAAGAAGAGGAGGACGAGCGCAAAGAGAAGGAAGGAGGGGGAGAACAACCGGAGCGUAAGGAGGAGCGUGACGAAGAGGAAGAAGAGGAGGAGGAGGAAGAGGAGGAAGGAGAGAGCAGCGGGGGAGAGAUGCAGAGUUCAGAGGUCAUCAUGGCUGUCGACAUCGUGAGCCCGACCGACGGAUCGGGGAGGAGCCAGAACCAAGCGGACAGAGCCAAGGUGGAGGAGGGGUCGGGGAGGCUGGCACUGGACCUCCGGCUGUCCAGCUCCAACGCCUCAUCCAUGCCAGAGCUGCUGGAACAGCUGUGGAAGGCCAGAGCAGAGAAGAAGAAACUGAGGAAGACCAUCCGAGAGUUUGAAGAAGAUUUUUACCAGCGUAAUGGAAGAAAUGUUCAGAAAGAGGACCGGGUGCCCAAGCUGGAGGAGUACAGGGAGUACAAGAGGAUCAAGGCCAAACUCCGCCUCCUCGAGGUUCUCAUCAGCAAACAGGAUUCCUCCAAGUCCAUCUAGACCCGCCAACCUCAGAGACCCACCAUCACUGCUGCGAGGAUGUCCCUCAUCAUCGUGUUUAGACGUCACAUCACACCUGGAACGGUUCGACUGUCCCUCAGCGUCACAUGACUUUCCAGGAAGUCGACAUGAAGACGAGUCAAAGACGCUCAUUCAGAGUUCAGUAUGUGCUGCGUUCAUGUCAUGGAGGAGACUUAAGAGUGACCCAGAGAUUCAGAAUACUGAGGACGCAUUUAUGAAGGUUUAUAUAGUCACGUCACAUUCAACGAGUCACGGUAGAACUUUUAAGAGACACUGUUUGUAGUUACAUAAUCCAGCAUUUUAUCUGUAGCAACCAAAGUAACGUUUGGAUUCAAGUUUGGGUUUUAAUCUUAUUUUCACUGCGACCAAAACUUUUCAACUUGCACUGAGUGGUCGAUCACAAGACUUAACUUCACCUCCUUGUUCACAUUUUACUCACACUGCAGCCAAACACUCAUCGUUGUUGUAUCAGUAUUCAGUUCAUGACUCAGACUUUCUCCCUGACCAUUCAAAACCAUUGAGCAGUGAAUAACAGAACAUGACUGUGCUGUCUCACUGCAUCAAAAACAGGCAUCCCUAACAUUUUUAUACUUCACAUCAGUCUAAUGUGCCAAACCUGUGAUGAAUAUUAACAAAUAAUUGUGCUAAAAGCAGUUUUAGCUGCUUUUUAAGAAACUUGAAUCAGUGUUGACAAUCCCACUUAAGGAGCUAGGAGAACCUGACAAAGCUAAUUUUUGGCAUUUGUCCUUUAAAUCUUUAUAUAUUCUGAAAAAUAGAUGAACGACAGAUUUUUAUUUUUGUCAGAAGGUUCGGUGAAGUGGAUUUAUUCAGGUCCUCUCGGUCUCUGAGUUACUGAAAGUCUCUUGAGAGGAGAUGCGCAGUGAGAUGUGCGUUUUCCCACGUUUAUCUCCAUGACAUGAACGCAUCGCCAACACCAGUAAGUAAAUCUUCUAAAAUCACGCCUGUCUGCCACAGCUUCUCUCUGCUGCCUCGUCUGACUUCAUAUCGUUCAAAGAGAUGAAGAAGAAGAAAAAAGGAAUCAUCUUCACCUUGACUGUGUUCGUCUUCAUCUUCAUCAUCAUCAUCAUCGUCUUCGUCGUCUUCAACAUGACAGACUUUGCACUCACAUUUCCUCGACUUCUGAGAAGAAACGAAGAACUUUCUGACUCUUUUAAAUUCAGAAACUUUUCUUUAGUGGAUUUUGUUUAUUUGUUUGUUUGUUUGUUUUCCUUCACGCUGAGGAAUCGUAUCGGACAGCUCGAGGACUGGCAUUUCUGACACUUUUCACUGAAGACACUUUGUUCUUUCUUUGGGACGUCACUGUUUCGCCUCACUUCAGAGAGUCAAGAUUUCCCUUGGUGUUUUUGGUGACUCUGUUAAUUUUGUCCAUCGGUUCAACUCUCUGGGUGCUCUCUCCCCCGACUGACUGAUUUUAAAAACUCAUUCACGAGUUUCAAAACAAGUUCAUGUGUGUGUUGUUCUGAUAAGUGUACACAUCCGUGUGUGUGUGUGACACUACUGUUCACCUUUUCUUUGACGAAAAGCGUUUGUGUUGUAAUCCAAAGGAAAAUGGAAAAAAAAACAACGUGUGACGGUGGAGCUGUUUUAAGUGACUGAUUCUCCUUUUCUUUCUCAUCUUCCUCUCUCCUCUUCAGCAUCAGCCUCUUUUCUUUCUUCUAAUUUGGCAAUAUUUGUCAGUAAGUCGUUUUUUGAUGUCUCUUUCUUUCGCAGAAUAACUCUGAACUAAGUUUUCCAUGAGCCUCUUCCAAAAACAAAUGCUGCUUUUAAGUCAUCUUUAAGCUCAGACAUCCAAAUAUUUGAAGUGGUGUGCUUGUGAUCUUUGUAUUUCUGACUGCACUUGAAGGCAGCAUUAGAGAGAAGACGCUCAUAGGAACAAAUCCUGCUCUAAUGAGGAGAGUUUUAUGAUGUAGGUGGAAACAAAAAUCACACAAGAGUGGUUUUCUGACUGUUUUUCCACUCGUCUCUUCACGUGUUCAAUCUGCUGCAUGAAGCUGAUUCAGUUCCUGAGGGAUUAUGGGUAAUAGUUGUCCAGGAAGGGGAGCUAGUAUCUGGCUAACUUUGCUGCUGCUUCUUCUUCUGCUCUCUGAAAGCAUAAAACAUGCUGGUCGGUGGUCUGUUAGAGUUUCAGCAGUUGCUGUGCAGCUGUGUGACGUGACUUCUCUCUGAUGUUAGAGGUUUGAUUGUAGCUUUAAAGACGGUGUCGUAUCCAUGAGGUGCCAACACUGCCAGCACUGAUUUUAAACACAGCAGAAGAAGAAGAAGCUCCAGUCUGUGGGUGACUGAUAUUUCCUCCCCGACUGGUGCAUCAGUGCCGAGGGUCUGACUAUAGUAGCAUAAAUUCAGAGCGAGAGAACGGAGAGUAAAACGCAGACGACAUUCUCGUUGUGUUUUCAACAUUUGCAGUCCCAGCAAAGUUUCAUUUCCUGCUGGCAGGUGAAAUGAAGGCAGGUGAGGAGGCUUAGGUCUGUCCUCGUCAGUUCUUCUUCAUAGAGGUCGUGUUGUUGAGUUGUCACCGUGUGAUUUGGAAUAUGGGAUGAAGAGUUUCCAUCUUUAGCUGGUAGGAUUUUAAACUGGCUGUAUGGUGGUCGAGGUUCUAUUAUCAGAACGUCUUCGGCUUCAUAAAGUCACGCGUUUAAAGGCCAUAAAGACAGAGUCAUACCUUUUCAUUUACCUGCCAGUGUCGACGUGGACCGCAGCCUGUCAGUGGAGGAGGGCACGUGUGAAAAAGUCUCGAAUGAGUUCUUGUUUGAAUGCUUGUGAAGAAUAUGAGGGAAGGCGUGUUCGUCGGGACGGUUCAAGUUUGUCGUAAAAGUUAUUUGCACAGCAUUCACUGAAUGCAGCCCUUUGUGUUUUUUCAUUUGUAUUUCUAAAGAUGAAGCACUACUUCUAUACAAAUAUAAAUAUAUACUGUACAUACAAAAAAAAAAAAAACACCCGAAGGAAUGAAUGUCAGAAAUGUUUAAAUUAUUUCAAACAUUAUGUUUGCCCCCUUUGCUUCAUAUGUUUGUGCUGCCCUGAGAAUGUGUUUUUUUAUUCUAAUAGUUCUAAAUAUUGCUAUUACUAUCAUAACCAUUAUUUUGUGUGUUAAUGACAAUAAUAAAAAAACAUUUUGUAUCUACUCACCAACUGUAAAACCAGCUGUAGAAGUUAGUCUGGCACUGUUUGUGGCUAAUCCAACAUGAACCUGCUCUGAUUUGAUUUGUUGCUCUGUGUAAUAUAAUAAGCUAAUAUAACAGCAGUACUGUAGUGAGCUUGCAUGGCAUAAAGAGAACAUAUUAGUAUGAAUAACAUGAUGUAUUGUUUUUCUAUUGUUUGUGCCAUGAAGAAGCAGCAAUAAUAAAAGUUUGCCUGGAGGUUUUACAGUACCUGGUAAAGAGAGGCGGGACUUUGUGUGUGAAUAGUUGAGGUACAUUGUUGUUUUGUUUUGUUUUGACACACACCAUCACACACUCUGCUCAGAUGGUGUGUUUUUACCACACUUUGUUGUCUGCAUAAUGUUCAUGUUUGGCACUGCUGAGGAACCAAAAUCAGAUUAGUUUCACAGGAAGGGGAACAGGGAUCGAAACGCAAAUGACCGACGUGUCGUAUCUGAAAACAUUCCAGUUUGUAAUCAUCAUUCAAAGAGUGGAAACAAUCCAUCGUCAACCUCUGAAGGGCUUUUUCUUUUUUUAGCUUUCACUUUUUCAGUCGGACAAACACGAGCAGCUGAUUCUUUUUUUGGCAUUUCAGUUUCAUUCUUUUUCAUUGUGCCUGCAACAGAGUGGUAAAAUUCACCUUGUGAACUGUACAUUUAUUCUGUCUCUGUCAGUGUACAGUAUGUUUCAUCCAUUUACUCAUCCAACAUGCAUGGUGGUCGUUUCACAAACACACACCUGACCUGGAGUUCAUGGCAGAAAUCGAAAGUCAAAGAUGGUCGCCGCUUACCCUGGAAGUCCGCGGAGAGAUUCUGAGGAAAAGAAAUGUUUGAAUCUUAAAGAGGACAAAGUGGUGUUCCACGUUUGUGUGGGAACAUUUCAAAGUUACUGAAUGACGUCUUUGUCCCUGAAUUCUGCUGUGAACUCCUCUGACCUGUUUCCUCCAUGUGAUACUGUGUUCUAUCACAUCAAUAUAUUGUAUGUAUCUAUAAAUGUUUUCUUACUUGGUGAAUGCUUUUUUUCCUGUUGUUUCUCCAUUAACAAAAAGGAUGAGAAAAUACAAUCAGUAACAUUUACACAUGAAAAUAAAUUUACAAGCUUGCCACACCU